AUGGGUAACCGCCAGCGUCAGGUCAAACAGUUUAAGACGAGAGUUGGCCUUCCUGUCCAUUCUACGGCCAUCGGUGCAUCGGCCCCCAUGUUCCCUGCUGUGGGCUCAUUGGAACACCCACUUAGUCUGUUGCGCCGUGUUGGAGUUCAGCGUGACACGCUAAUACAGUAUAAGUGGGAUGCUCACCUACCAAUCAUUGCUGAUCAAAUAUCUUUGGAGAGUGACAGGGCGACUUGGUCAGAGUUCGUUGAGUGA